UUCACAUCCUGUUCAAACACACACUGUUGGCAUAUCGUUUGGUAUACUGACUAUUCAACUAACACUCUCUUCAAUGAGGUUUCCCAAUAAGACGUUCUGAUUUUGUUGCUAAAGUGCAGCUAAUACAGGAUUUCAGGACGUCAUGGACAUAACUCCCACCCCCAGCUCUGGUAAUAAUAACCUGAAUGAUGCCAACACUUGUGGAGUGGACCUCAGCCAAGAUGCCAUAUACCUUCCUGUAGUCUACGGCAUCUUCUUCGUCAUUGGCACUCCCCUCAAUCUGAUGGCUCUGUUCGGGCUCUAUCGUCUGAUCAAGACUGAAAACGUCUUACCGGUGUACGUGAUCAACCUGCUCCUUUCAGAUCUCCUCCAACUGUUCACUCUACCUCUAUGGAUUGACUACUAUAGCAGGGGUCACAGCUGGCGAUUCGGGUCCACUUCCUGCCAGUUUUCGGGGGUCAGUUUCUACGUCAGCAUUUACACCGGCAUUGCCUUCAUGUGCAUCAUCGCUUUGGAGCGCUACUUGGCCAUCGCCAAGCCUCUGAGAUUCCAAGCAUUGAGAAAGCUGAACUUUGCACGAUGGAUAGCCCUGAGCAUAUGGGUCGUGGUGGCCUUGCCUCUAUCCAUCGCCUUGCAUACAAUGCAACCCAACGACAAUCACACCCUGUGUAUGGAGAGAUACCCUUCCAAGGAGGGCUUCAUCACCUACCGAUUGAUCACAUUAACCCUGUCCUUCCUCAUCCCCCUCUCCUUCAUCUUGUUCCUCCACCGGAAGACCCUGAGGUCUUUGUCGGCCAUUGGUGCCUUGGGAGCCGAAGAGAAGCAUCGCAUCAGGGGUUUUCUCAUCCUGCUGGUGGUCAUCUUCAUCCUGGUCCUCGGCCCCUACCAUAUCACAGGAUGUGUGAAGUACAUUGGAUUGCUUCUCCACGGUGACGCCUGUGAGUGGGAGAAGGCUGUGUUCGUGCCCUAUCAGCUGGGCAGGGGUCUGCUGAGCCUCAACAGUCUGCUGGAUCCUGUGCUUUACACCUUCCUGAGGAAUGACUUCAGGGCGGCUGCGGGCCAUUACCUGCCCUGCCUGAGGAGGAUGCAGGAGUCUGUAAACAGGAGUGUGAGUCAUCAGAGGACCACCACUAAGAGCACUAGUGGCUUAGUGGGUAAGAGCGUUGUGCCAGUAACCGAAA